GUGAUAAACUUAUUAAAUAGAAAUGCAAUGAAGUAAUUGUGCACCAUGGAAAUGUCGCAAUAAUUUCCGACGCAAUCCCUAAUUUGUGUGCUGCGGAUGGAGCAAUACACUCAUCACACGCAGCACUUAAGCUCGAAUGUGACUCAAACUAGACUUUUUCUCACAGACACUCCUGCAAACAGCCAAAACACAAACCAACAACAGCUUCAUACACAGCAACAACACUUCUCAAUUGUAUCUCAAACUUCUUCUAACCAUCAUUUAGUUCACCCUAUAUCAACAUCGCCUCAGUCAGAACGACCUCAAGUGCUACUACCGAUUCCAGGAAGCCAAACGACCACAGGAGUUGUGUCGUAUGCCAGUAGUAGUGUACAAGAUAGAGACCGAAGUCUGAUGAAUUCCUGUUCGAGUCCAGUACCUUCGGUCAUGUCGUCCGCUAAUUCGACCCCGACUAUGAUGAGACAGAAAGUGGGCAUAGCAGGUAGUAACAGAGUUGUAGUUCUCAAUGUAAACGGAGAAAGGAUGACAGUUGACCCGGCUAUCUUCCAGAACUACCCGAACACGAUGCUAGGCAGGAUGUUCGGACCCUCUUUGGACCACAACUUGACUAAGAAGAAUGCGAAAGGAGAAUACGAGAUCAAAGGAAGUUAUGUCAGCGAAGAGGUGUUCAGGCUCAUUAUUGAUUUCUACAAGUUUGGAUAUAUUCGUAUACCUGCAAACUUACAGGUGGUUGAGGUUAAAGCGGCCUGUGACUACUUUUUGAUUCCUUUCAACGACGAGACAGUGCGAGCAGCGAACAUGGCAGCCCUACUGCACGAACUGGCCAAUGAGGGCGCACAGUCGCAGUUCUCUCAGUUUGUGGACAACAUCAUACGACCAGUCGUGUUCCAGCUAGCAAGAAAAGGAGAGCGAGAGUGUCACGUGGUGGUGAUCAUGAGUGAAGAUAUGGUGGACUGGGAUGAAGAGUACCCUCCCCCCAAGGUGCAGCCGGAAGUGGAGGCUUCUCUGAUCAGAGACGAUCACCUCUGCCGGUUCCUCAAGUAUGUGGAGAACAGAGAUGUGGCGAAGAAUGUGUUGAAGGACAUGGGGCUGAAGAAGAUCAAACUGGGCAUUGAAGGUUUUCCUACUCAGAUGGAGAAGAUGAAGACUACAAACAGGGGCAGGCCAGAAGUGGUCUACAACUACAUCCAGAGACCAUUCGUGCACUUAUCUUGGGAGAAGGAGGAGGCCAGAUCCAGACAUGUGGACUUCGAGUGUCGUCCGGUGAACAUGUCGACCAAUCUGGCAGAGGCAGCCAGUGACACGGACAUAGACCAGCCACAAGCUGCGGGACACUUGAUGACAGAGGCAGAGUCAGAACAGCUGCAGGAGCAGAUCCACAAUGCACAGCAUAUGCAUAUGAAUGGCAGCACGGACAGCAGCAGCAGUGCUGGAGGCGCAUCAGGAGCUCAUGGCAGCACAUCGAUGGCAAUAGUUCCCGUCAAUACCAAUGGACUCGCUCAUCAAUUGAUGGGAUCCCAGAGGCUUCCCCCUCAUCUCUCUCUUGCCGUGAACACAAAUGGGGCAGACUCUCCCCACUCCCAACAACACCACUCACCCCCAAUUGUUACCCAAGAUCAGGAUCUAGAGGAUAGAGAAAGAGAGAGUAAUGGCGGGAUACCUCCAGAGGACUAAUCAAGGUCACCCCCGCCAAAAAAAUCUUGCGAUUAGUCAAUCAGUCCAAGUUGAUAAAACGAAUAGGCAAUCCGCCUCAGAAGCCAGAAAACAAUGACGUAAAAGGCUAAAGAACCAUGAGGAAACAGAUUCCUCCUCUCCUGAAUACAUGCAACCGCGGUAUGCGCCAGCAAGUUGAAUUCAUUUUGUACCAUUCAGAUUCCUGUUUAGCGAACUUAGUAAAUUGAAGUUUCAAUUUUGAA